CCGCCUCACAACUCCUUCCAGAUUGGGAGGAGAAUAAAUAACACAUCGUGACGUCACCUGCAAACCGACCAAACAGCCCGCGGUCCGCUCGUCUUCUUCCAAUCAGCAACAUCUUUUCCUGACUUCAACAAACACAAUCAACGCCAACCUUUGAAAGGCAAACAAUUGUCAGGCUUGGGUCAGUCUAACAGGGGACCAGUCAUGUUUGAAACCCCACCUACUAAUGCAACUUAUGCUUGACAAUUUCCCCAAAGACGUAAGAUGUUUUACAAUGCUCUGAUCCGCACCCAUCACAUCACCUCGCGCAAGAAGGUCUCCGCCCUCAAACGGGCAGCCGACAUGCACAAUUGCUUCGUGCUGCUGCGCUCCGGAGGUUGUCCGGGGAUUAUGUAUGUGGAAGCGAGAGACAAAGACGCCGUCGAGUCGUGGGUGAAUGUCGUGCGGAAUUUGAGGUAUAAGGAUUUUCAGCUGGUAACUCGACCGGGGCUGUUGGAGGUUGAGUAUGAACAAAACAGCGCUAGAGAGCGGACCGACCCCCCCAAGCAGAGGCCCGGCGUCUCUGAAGUUGACUCAGUCAAGGAAUUUGGGGGCCUGAUGGAGCAGCGGGGGGUUUGGAAGUGGUGGAGAAAGGGAAUGGGCUAUUUGAGUUGAUGGUUUGCGUGGCGAUCUUUCGAGCGUUGGAAAUUCGGUGUUGGGAAAGUUCGUUUGCCAUCACAUUACAUCACUUAUCUCAAUCGGAUCAGCUGGUGCGCAAUAAUCAAAGAAGCAAUCAGAAUCCUCGCUGCGACUCGCCUCUGUCGAUGCGCAAGACCGCGCGGAGUCAAUGCUACUGAGGUUUAACUGUCGCACCCGGGCU